GUGUUUGAGACUGGAGUGAGGGGGAGGUAAUCAAGAUGGAGGCCGCCUGACUGGAGCUGCAGUUUACAGGACAGCGAGCCUCUUGCUAUCAAAACGAUAACACCGAAGACGAGUCCGAGAAAUACAGAGUAAAGCCCAGUGCGCCAAACCCGUGGACGGCAGGUACGGGACAGGGACCCUGGCUGAAAUGUCGCAGCUGCAGUGGAACUGACGGCAGGCUGUUUUGUGUAUAAUCCCACGAUUUUGGCUCAGGAGAAAGAGAGGGGGUCUUUCCCCAUUACAAAUCUUCCCGAAGCAAUACCACAAUACCAAAGAAGUCUGUUAAUGCACCUGUAGACCAAAUCUGAAAGUGUUUAAACCCUUUCAUUGACCCCCCAGGGCCUGGUGCUUGAAUUAUAAGAGACUGCACGUGGCGCUGAUAGCACUGCAGAUUAAUUUGACUGUGGAGCCGUGAUUUUAGUAUUGUAUAAUUUGUAACCUCAACCAAAUAAUAAAAAAAAAAAACACACUGGAGGGAUUGAAGGCCACUACUGAAAAAAAAAAAAAAAAAUACAGGACUUAAGUUAAAUGACAAAAUAGUAUUAAUGUAAAUGCCAAGGUCUGUCUGAACUGAGCUCCUGCUGAGAAGGCCAUCUGUUGAUCCCCUGUCAAGUGUUAUAUAUUGUAUUAUACAGUAGGGGGUCAUUCUAACACCACAAAGACACAACUGAUUGCAACAGUGCACCAAGGAUCUGGGUUGGAGAUCGGUACUGUUGGCAGAACCAACUGGGACGACUACCAGAGAGUAAAAGAGGGAUAUUUCCUCUGAGAGAAUUCUGUGUGCAGAACUGGAACCAGUAGGGCACUAGCUGGACCUAGGGUGAAAAUGGACCUGGAUGAACCCCAGCAGCUGGACUACCUGACUGACAAUGAGCUGAUGGGGAUGGACACUUUCAUCCACCGCAUUGACUCCACGGAGGUCAUCUACCAGCCGCGGCGCAAGCGGGCCAAGCUGAUCGGGAAGUACCUGAUGGGGGACCUGCUCGGGGAGGGCUCCUACGGCAAAGUGAAGGAGAUGCUGGACUCGGAUACCCUCUGCAGGAGGGCCGUCAAGAUCCUGAAGAAGAAGAAGCUGAGGAGGAUUCCCAACGGGGAAGCCAACGUCAAAAAAGAAAUCCAGCUGCUACGGAGGCUGAGGCACAAAAAUGUGAUUCAGUUGGUCGACGUGCUGUACAACGAAGAGAAGCAGAAAAUGUAUAUGGUUAUGGAGUAUUGCGUAUGUGGAAUGCAGGAAAUGUUAGACAGUGUUCCUGAAAAAUGCUUUCCAGUAUUUCAGACUCACGGGUACUUCUGCCAGCUAAUCGAUGGUUUAGAAUAUUUGCACAGCCAGGGAAUAGUCCACAAAGACAUUAAACCAGGGAAUCUCCUGCUGACAACAGACGGCACUCUGAAGAUCUCUGAUCUAGGAGUGGCUGAGGCGUUGCAUCCAUUUGCAGAGGACGACACGUGUAGGACAAGUCAAGGGUCACCAGCGUUCCAGCCCCCUGAAAUAGCCAACGGCUUGGACACGUUUUCGGGGUUCAAAGUGGACAUUUGGUCUGCUGGUGUCACGCUAUAUAACAUUACAACCGGCCUGUAUCCGUUCGAAGGGGACAACAUCUAUAAGCUAUUUGAAAACAUUGGCAAGGGAGACUACAGCAUUCCUGAGGACUGUGGGCCCCUGCUGUCAGACCUACUGAGAGGCAUGCUUGAAUAUGACCCAGCAAAGAGGUUCUCAAUACAACACAUAAGACAACACAAUUGGGUCCGUAAGAAACACCCCCCAUCUGAAGCCCCAGUCCCCAUCCCCCCGAGCCCCGAGACGAAGGAUGAGUGGCGGAGCAUGACAGUGGUGCCUUACCUGGAGGAUCUGCACGGAUACAACGAGGAGGAGGAGGAUGAGGAAGAGCUGUUUGACGUGGAGGACGACAUCCUCUACACUCAGGACUUCACAGUACCAGUGAAGGGCCUCUCUCCUCGUGGACAGCUGUCUGCUCUUCCUCUUGCUCCUCCAACUCCUCGCCCGGCCGAGCUCCCCUCCCUCUCCCUCAGACAGUCCCUCCAGAGAAGGCUGCUUCCCAGGGCCCUGCAGCAGAGACAGGUGCCUGAAGAGGAGAUUGAGCAGAAUGGGCAGAGCCACGGCCAGGUUGUCCCGAAGCCUGUGUGUGUGAACGGCACAGAGGCGGUGCAGUUAAACAGCAAAUCAAAACAGGAGCGGCGGACGAGCUCCACCUCCUCCAACCCCUCCCGCAAGGGGGUGUCCACCACCAGCAAGAUCCGCAAGCUGUCCACCUGCAAGCAGCAGUGAGGUGCUGGAGACUGACGCACUGUACCGGUUUUUUUGUAACUUCUCUUGGGGAUUUAUUAAAGAGACAUCGGGAGAGAGCUGCGCUGCCUGUGAUUUUAUUUUUUAUUUUCAUGGAUUCAUUGGAAGAACUGUUACAAAAUGGACACCCAGGAAUGUACGGAUAAGUGAGAGAAUUUAAAAAGACAGCAGGAGAGAAGAACGGAAAGACGGGACCCAUCUAUCUAAUUUGCCAACUGAUGCCAACGUUAAAUUAUUUUUUAUUCCCCUUUUUUUUUUUUGGGGGGGGGGGGGGGGGGGGGGUUGUCCAACCAGGAGACCCAAAAAGGACAACAACUGGCACAGCCCUGUUACUGUGUGGACGUGUAGAACUCUGUGCAAAGCCAUUUAGAAGCACUUUAUGGUUUUAGACUACUUUUUUAUUUAUAUUUUUUUUCAUUUUUUUUUUGCAGUAUAACAGUAUACACAUUUCUGAUGUGUAAAUAAUAUUAAUAAUGAUGAUGAUAAUAAAUAAUAAAAAAAAAAAAAAACCUGCAUGUUGUAAAGGGCUUGGAGAAAGGGAAUGAAAUAUUUAUAUAAAAAAAGAAGGAUGUUCUUCACCCUGUCCAUCCUGGGAUAUUGUUUCUCAUCCUGUGUGUGUGUCUUUUGUUUUUUUUUUUGUAUAGUAUCGGGAGAUGAUCACUAGCCGUGUGCUAGCAGCCCAAUAACUUUUCCCUUUAACAGUUCAGCUCCACACUAAUGCACCUGUAAUUCUGACCUAGUUUGGAUUUGCUUUUCAAACACAUUUGUCAAAAUCCACAUGCCGUGUACAGAAGACAUCCCGGAACAAAGCACUACAGCACACAAAACAACACCACUUUAUUCUGAAGAGAGUUCAAGAUUUGUUUUUCUGCCACUUUGUUUUCCCUUUAGUUUGCAGCACAGAGCAGGAGGACAAAAAGUAGGUUACCCUGCCUUUGGCGAAAUAUGAAAGCAGAUGUGUUGGUCUUUUUUGUUUUUUAAGCAUAUUGUCGGCAAUUCUGUAUUAAAACUGCUUCAAUAAAGAGGCAGCCAGUCUCGACAGAGUGAGCUGGUAGCAGGUGUGAGUGCAAUCUUCAAUUACAUCCCAAAAUGCUUUUAUUUA